GUAUUUGCGCUGGAGUCAUUUUCACCAACUCCAUUCUGAUUGGAGUGCAAACUGACUACAUGGCCAAAAGACUCGGAGAAGAGCAACCCCUGGUCUUCACGGUGGUGGACGCCGCCUACACAGCCAUCUUCGGUCUGGAGCUGUCCGUCCGUCUGCUGGGCUCGGGCUUGGGCUUCUUCUACCGAGACCCUGGCCUUUUCUGGAAUUAUUUGGAUGUUAUCAUUGUGCUCCCAUCCAUCAUGGAGCUGGUCUUAGCUUUCUUUCUUCAGCUGCCAGCUGUGAGCACCGACAUCACUGCCCCGCGACAGAUGACCGGGUUCGUGGAAGCUCCAGGCAAUUUGUUUAGCAAGACUUAUGUUCAGAGUCCCGCUGGCCUUCGGAACAAGAAGGGUGUGCGGGUUUGCUGCAUGGCUGGCACUCGCAAGAAGCACAGCUCCAGAGAGGAGGAGGUCACUUCUGAUUUUGCCGAAGACAUCUUGCAGCUGGUUGAGACCUGGAAUGAUUGUGUUGGCAGCUUACGGGAACAGGUGACGCUCAAAGUAGAGCAUCAGUGUGACGCAAUGGCAAUUGAGGCAACCAUCAACCCAAAGUUGCCCACAUGGAGUGGGGAUUGGCUUCAAUGGCCAGACUACAAGUUGUCGGUAGAAUUGGAAGCGGAUGCCACUUCCAAAGACGACCUCAGCAGACUUGCUCCAAAGUUGGUGAGAAACCUCACCGGAAAGGCAUGGGAGACAGCGGUUGGCCUUGAGAGAGAGAAAUUGAAAAGUGAAGAUGGAGUGAACUAUUUGCUUUCCUAUUUGGAGGAGAAACGAGGCCGCCAAAAGGUUGAUGUCCUCGGAGAUGCUCCUGGAGUCUAUUUCCAAAAGAGCGAGAUAGUGCGAAAAGAUGGUGAGGUUUGGAAUGACUUCGAAGCUCGCCAUGCGGCUAAAGUCCGAGACAUCAACAAAGCUCUGGUCGCAGUCGGCGCAAAAGGUGAUACUCCAAGUGAAAUCUGGGGUUGGUUCCUUUUGCACCAGUUUGUCCGCCUUGAGCCCUCCGACGUGGCCACCGUGAAGUCUUUUGCCAAGAACUACCAGCUUGAUGAAGUCUGUAGAGCCAUGCGUCAACUAUGGGGAGGUGAUAGCCUUGCUCUCCGUGAUCAGGAGCGCAAAAAGGCAAAGAACAAUGUCAAGGUUUUGAUGAAUGAGCCCAACACGCCUGAUGACAAUGGCAUUUGGUUAGGAUCUCCAGAUCUUGACGGUGAGGAAGUGAAUCAUGAAGAUGAUCCGGAUCUCACUGAGGAUGAGAUCUCAGUCUUGUUUGAUGAAGCAUGCGAGGCCCUUCAUGAAGACCCUACUAACCCAGUAGUCCUUGCCAAUUUCCAAGAGAUGAAGAAGUUGAAGUACACGGAAGCCAGGAAGGCUCUGGACCGUAGCCGAACAGCCCGUGGAUUCUUUCCCAACAGCACCCGAAGCAGCACGUCCAUGAACUCCCGCACAAGGAAGCCACCACCUUUUGAUGGUCUUUGCAUGCGGUGCGGAAAACAUGGCCACAAAGCCAGAGAUUGUCUGCAGAAGGCUGCUCCUUCAAACUCUCGUCGUGAACCAGCUGCUGGAAAGAUUGGUUUUGUGGGCUACUUGCAGGACGCCAACCAGGCUCUUGUGAAUGACGCGGACACGAUCAUGGAUACUGAGAGCGCAAUGGUCUUUGAAGAGGACCUUGACUUUCUGUAUCAAGAGAGCCAUCCCAUCCAUGUGGCAGUGGCAUGUGAGAAAGGAGCUGAGAACUCAGAGGGUCCUGGGUUCAUUGGAUCGACGCAGGAAACCACCCGUGACAAAGCAAUCAUUGACUGCGGGGCUUCCGAGUCCAUUGUUGGAGCCAACAUGUUGCAGGAUUUCUGCGACACGCUUCAUGAACUUGGCUUUGACCCAAAGUCGGAAGUCACGGUGGAUCGUCAAGUGAAAAAGAGCUUCAUCUUCGGCAACAAUGAAACCAGUUCCUCACUUGGACUUGCCAAGGUCAACACUGGUAUGUGUGGUACCGAACAAUCAGUUGAUCUGCACGUUGUGGAAGGAUCGACACCCUUCCUGCUCUCCAGCAAAUGGUUGUGGGAGCAAGAGGCGACUAUCAACUUCAAGACGGGCAAGGCCCUUUUUCCCAAGUUGUCUGACAACCAGGUGCAGCUCGAACGAGCCCCUACAUUCCAUCUUCUUUUGCCACUCACGGCUUUUGAAGGAAAUGGAAAGUUGAUCAACGAGCUGCUGGUGACUGAUGAUGAUCAGGAUGUCUCUAUCCUCAAGCUCCAGAGUGCGCCUCCUGAGAAGACCACGCUGAGUGAGGGGGUGGCUGGGCAACAGCCGAUCAUGCUGUUAGCCAAGAAGAACAUGAUGGUGGACUUGAACAACCACUUAGCAGGUCAGGCAUCUGUGCAGGAUGAAGAGAGACCACCGAACGCUGAGGGCCAGGGGAUUCGAGUGCAAGCCAUCGCUGCAGAAGCGCCUUGGCAACUUGGCAAGCACUCGAAACACCUGGAGACUGUGAAAGAAAAUGCAAGUCUCUUGGCCCUUGAAACGGCCGCUGAUGUCGACGUGGAAGAGACGUUUGACGCCACUUUGGCAGCAAAGAAUGAGCUGCAUACGUUUCGUGGCUUUGCACCAAAUCAAUGGGCUUUCGGACAAAAUUGUGAUCGUGUGGGGUCCUUUUUGCAGAAUGGAGAACAUCCUGUCGUUCAGCAACAGAGGUCUAAACAGGACAAGAACCGGCAUCCGGAAGUGGAAUCCAGCGAGAACCUCACUCAGAACUACCGCGAGAUGGAUCUCAAGCAGCUGGGAGAGAUGGAGCAGAAGCACGGGAAGUACUCCGGGGUGAAGCUAGUGGACAUCGUGGAAAAGAAGGAGGACUUCACAUACCUGCGGUGGCUCGUAGAGCAUCAUCCAAAGAACCCCAAGUUUUUGGCCCUGCUGAUCUAUCUGGAGCGUCACGAGCUCGUGGCCAGUCAGCAAGCCAAGACAGCCGAGCCCAAGUCAGUGAAGAAGCCCGGCGAGACUUUGAUACCCAUGUCCAGUCAAAGCUGCUCGCCCUACCCAGCCGGGAACCAGGACUCAAUGCUCAAGAUCGAGAUCCUCGAGAAGCGCAUGCAGGAGAUGCACUCCGAAAUGCAAACAAUGUUCCAAACGAUUCUGGAGCUGAAGGAUCACAAUCGCCAGAUCCAGGAGGCAGUCAUGGUUCUCAGCAAUCAUGUGGCCGGACACCAGAAUCGCAUCCAACACCUCGAGGACACGGCAGUACUGCCCUCCGACUUCGAGCCAGUCCCGCCGUUCCAGCAAGGACAGGAACGAUAUGCCCUCGGCAUCAACGAGAUUUGUGUGUCUCCGCAGAGAAAGAAAGAUCCUCAAGCUAAGGCCAAUAUUGAGGAGAAGAAACAACUCAGAGUUUUCCGAGUUAUUCGAGUCGUCAAGGUCAUGAAAUUCAUCCGAUCGUUGAGACAAUUGGUUGAGUCGGUGAUGCACACCAUGAGAUCUCUAGCAUGGUCGAUGCUUCUGUUGAUUGUGAUCAUCUACGUCUUUGCGAUCAUGUUCACUGAUGCCUCCGCGAGCUUCCAAGAGUUUAGUCCAGAGAGUGUUCUAAACGCCGAUCUCAAGAGCUACUUUGGGGAUCUGCACACGUCGAUGCACACGCUCUUCCGGAGCGUUUCGGGUGGUAUCGAUUGGGGCAUGGUGGCGCAUCCGUUGGGAGAAGUCCAUUGGAUUUGGAUGUACUUGUUCAGCUUAUAUGUGGCCUUCUGCAUGUUCGCGGUGCUCAACGUAAUGACUGGUAUCUUUUGCCAAGUUGCAGUGGAAAGCUCCUGGAACGACCCUCAGCUCCUAUUGCAGCACUCAAUGGUGGAGCGAGAGCGACAACAUGAUCUGAUCCGACAGCUCUUCCAGAGCUUUCGGCAGGAGACGACGAGACGCAAGAUCACCUUAAUUGAUAUCGAAGAAAAUUUUGAUGAUGAUGGAGUUCAAGGUUUAAUGAACUUGUUGGACAUCUAUCCCGAAACGGGCUGGUCGCUCUUCAAACAGUUGGACGACAACGGUGACGCCAGCAUUUCCGAGGAGGAGUUUGUGAGCGGCGUCUUCCGCUUGAAAGGCGCUGCCAAGUCCUGGGACAUGGAGAUUAUUAUGCAGGAGCAACGAGGCUUGCGAAAGAUCUUGGAUACCUACAUUGCAACGGUCGCAGGCUCCCCGGGACGGGACAAAAAGACGUGA